ACUGCGAGAGAAGGAGUGAGAGCCGGCCGCAGAGGGCAAGCAAGACGCACGACUCCGUCCCCUGCCUCCUUCGCUUCCACGGCCACUGCUGCUGUUGUUGUUGCCACUGCCUGAUUUCAAAUCGUUUUGUCGUUAUUUCAAUCGUCCGCGGAUCGAUUGCUGUGGAAGGAAUUCGGUUUCUGUUGAAAGAUUGUAAGAACACGAGUUGAGAUCGGAGAUUGAAGGCAGGAGAGGUUUGUUGCUCCUGCUGGAAAAUCUGGCCUCUGUUUGUCUCCCAAUUGUCGUGGAAAAGGAGGAAGGUGUUUUGAUUGCGAGGGCGGAGUGCGUGACAAUAAUUCCGAGCUUGCCAGAAGGGAGGAAGAGGAGAUCCUCCGACAGCUUGAUAUCCUCUCCUUGCACUCGCUUGGGUCGUCUCGUGGCUGUCCUAAGUUUUUGAUCGAAUAUCGUCAAGCGUGGCAAAAUGCGGAGACUGGUGGGGUUUCUGGCCAUUCUGCUGUUGAUCUCGAUAGACAAUGUGAGUGCCGCGACUAGGAGCUAUUACGACGUCCUGCAAAUUCCGAAAAGUGCAUCAGACGAUCAAAUCAAGCGGGCGUACCGAAAACUGGCCCUGAAGUACCACCCCGACAAGAAUCCCGGAAACGAAGAGGCUACCAAGAAGUUCGCGGAGAUUAGCAACGCGUACGAAGUGCUUUCCGACAAGGAGAAGCGAGGAAUCUACGACCAGUACGGCGAGGAAGGCCUGAAGCAGAAUGGUGGCGGACAGAGAGGCGGUGGCUUCGCGAACGACAUCUUCUCCCAGUUUUUUGGUGGAUCGGGAAUGAGAUUCGGCUUCGGGGGCGACGAUGAGAAUGAGGAGGAUAAAACCCCGAAAGGGAACGACGUCUAUGUCGAUCUGCACGUGACACUGGAGGACCUUUACGUCGGAAAUUCUCUUAGGGUUUGGCGCGAGAAGAGUGUGCUGAGGCCGGCUUCGGGUAAGCGGAAAUGUAACUGCAAGAACAAGGUGAUGCACAAACAGAUCGGGCCCGGUAUGUUCCAGCAGUACACCCAACAGGUCUGCGAAGAGUGCCCGAACAUGAAAUUCGAGAGGGAAGGAGCCUCGAUCACCAUGGACAUUGAGAAAGGUAUGGUAGAUGGACAGGAGAUUGUGUUUUACGAGGACGGAGAGCCAAUCAUGGAUGGAGAUGCCGGUGAUUUGAAGUUUGUCAUUCAGACCGAGCCCCAUGAACGGUUUACCCGAGAGGGUAACAAUCUGAAGACGUCAGUUACGAUAUCAUUAGUGGAUGCUCUAGUUGGAUUCGAGAAGGAGUUGACGCAUCUAGAUGGGCAUUCGGUAAAGCUGGGAACGAAGGGAAUAACUAAACCCAACGAGACGAAGCGAUUCUCGGGUGAAGGCAUGCCCAUUCACGAAAGUGUCAGGAAAGGUGAUCUCUUUGUAACCUUCGAAGUGACAUUUCCCUCCAAGCUUACUGAGGAACAGAAAGCAAUUAUCAAGAAGACCCUAGGAGGGUCUUGAGACUUGUGUAGAAGCUACAAUUUUGUAAGUGUUCUGGAUACGACUUUCAUUCAUUUAUUGACUCCGUUCUCCCCAUUCAAUGGCUUGUUGUUCGGUGAACAAUGAGUACGUUCAAAUGCUUAGAAAUCAAAUGACCUAAUCGAUGUCAUACGAAAGGAACCUCUGGUGAAGGUCAACCUGAGAAUUAGGAUAAAUUCCAAAACCCUUUCACAGU